AUGCCUCAUGGUCAGAAGAGCCAGCAACCUAAGCUGGAGGGGAAUGCUCAGGCCCAAAGAGAGGCCCCGGGCCUGGUGGAUGCGCAGGUCCCUGUGGCUGAGGAGGAGGGGGAUACUGGCAACCCUUGUUUCUCCUCUACUCUUCUGAUACCAGUCACUCCAAGAGAUGUGCCUCCUGCUGGGACACCGUGUUGUCCCCAGAGUCCUCAGAGAGCCACCUGUCCCCCUGCUAGCUCGGUGUCCAGUCCAGGGAGCCAAUUCAACCAGGGCUCCAGAAGCCGUGGAGGGGAAGGUCUGGUCCCCCGGAGCAGGCUGGUAAGCCCUGAGUCCUUAAUGCGAGAAGCAAUAUCCUUGGUGCCAUCCCUGCUCCUCAAGUAUCAAAUGAAGGAGCCAAUCACCAAGGCAGAGAUGCUAGAUUAUGUCAGGAGAAGUCACCAGGAUUACUUCCCUGCAGUCUUCAGCAGAGCCUGUGAUUGCUUGCAUCUGGUCUUUGGCAUUGAAAUGAGGGAAGUGGACCCCUCCAGCCACUCCUAUAUCCUUGUCACUUCCCUGGGGCUGACAUAUGAUGGGUUGCUUAGUGAUAAGCAGGGCAUGCCCAAGACGGGCCUGCUGAUCAUCACCCUGAGUAUCAUCGUUGUGGAAGGCAACUGUGCCUCUGAACAGGUUUUCUGGGAAGGGCUGAGUAUGAUGGGGGUUUAUGCUGGGAGGGAGCACUACUUCUAUGGGAAUCCCAGGAAGCUCAUCACUGAAGAUUUUGUGCAGGAGCAGUACUUAGAGUACCGCCAGGUCCCCAACAGUGAUCCUGCUUGCUAUGAGUUCCUGUGGGGCCCAAGGGCCUAUGCUGAAACCAGCAGGAUUGACGUCCUGAAACACUGGGCCAAGUUCAGUAGACGUGUUCCUAGGUUCCUCCAAUCCCUGAAUGAUCGGGCUUCUAGAAAUGAGGAAGAGGGGGCCCAAGCAUGA